GAUAGUUUUCGGGAAUACAUUAAAAAGAAGGUUAAUGACUGCGUAAAACCCAAUACAUUGCAACAAUAUACAAGAGAAAUCAAAGUUUAUAAUGCAGAAAUGGGUGGUCGUUGGGAUCAAGAAUUUGAUCUCAUCACAAAAGACGGUUUAGAUUCACUGAAAAAGUCUCAUAAUGUAACGGACGAGACUGAAUCUUAUAUUUCUCGUUCUUCCAAUACUUCCCGUGCAUCUUCAUCGCUUGGAUCUUUAUCUUACAUUUCACAACUUGAGGAUGAUGAGAAGCGGACGGAAACAAAUAAUGCCAUUGAUAAUAUUUUCAAUGAAAUUCAGUUCUCUAGACCGGAUAUCAGUGACGCAUUCAUCCGUAUUAAAUAUUCUGAUCCUAUUGUCACCAUCGGUGAUAGGUCUAAUGAUGACAUUCCUGAGCAUGAUAUUUCCGAGUUCAUAACAGUGCAUUCAAUUAUCACUCAAAAACCUCCAGAAUACUCUAAAAUAGAACAAUUGUUCUCGCAACUUAAAGAACGGAAAGGUGACAUUGAUCACAUUCUAUAUUCGCAGAAUGUAUAUGCUGUAGGUCCAGACUUUCGGAAUGAUAUACCAUGUAUUGCUUGUUGGGCUGCUGAGCCUCUUGAUCAAUCAAUCAUGGAAAAGCUUUCUGAAUUGUUUGAUAGCAAAUUUGAUGUUGUAUAUCAUUUAGUGAAAGCCGUAGACAUAAAUGGCAGCUGCAUCGAUAAUGAUGAGAAUUCGAACGAGACACCAAAUAAAAGCGGCAAUGUUAAUGAUGUACUUGGUGAGACUGAAAAUAACAAAUCCCAAUGUUUCAACAUUACUGCCCAUCUCUGGGCAAGCAUAAAAUACGAUUCUAAGCUUAAAAAAAAAACUUUGGAAUUUAAAAUUCAUUUGAAAAAUUGCAGUGUAGAGGAUUUUCUUAGUGAUGACAAUCCGUUACUCCACGGUUUCGUUUGUUAUUACCUAGAUUCGUUAGAAAUAGGUUUUCGUCCAACAAAGUUCAAUGACAAAUCACCUGAGCUUAGUAAUGAAUCAUCCAUGUCAAAUGGGGAAUCUCUUGAUUCCUAUAACGAAUUAUUUAAGCACAAUAGUGAAUUACUCGGGUCCAAUGAUAAAUCACCCGAGCCCAAUGAUGGGUCACUUGAAUCCGAUAAUGAGUCGUUUGAGUCUGGUGACGAAUGUCCCAUGAUUAUGUUGAAAGAAUAUACACCAAGUAGGUCCAAUAAUUCUAUAAACAUUUCAAAAACCAAAGAAAAAGGUAACGGCAUCCAACUAGAUGCAGGAAAAAACCCAAAGGUAUCACUUAGUCACGCUACUAAAAACACUCGAAGUUCGGCGGCAGCAUUAAAAGAAUGGGACAUGGUUGAUACAUACGGUACAACUAAUGGUAUUAAAUGGCAAUAUCGGUAUUUUGGUGAAGACAUAUUCAAUAAUGGAGGACACAGGAAGAGCAUUCGGAUAGAUGAACCCUACUGUGGUGACUUUUAUAUCAACAAAAACUUAGGAGGUUUUUGCAUAACAAUUACACAAGUUCUCGGUUUCAAGGAAGACCGAACAAUUUUCAGGAGAUUGGUUAGUCCUAAGCCGGAACUAAUAAAAUAUUAUCCUAAGUUUUUACACAAACUUGAGAUUUACUUUAAAGACAUACAAAAUUUCAAUAAUAAUUUCGCGAAAUUAACAAAGAAAUUACACCAGGGACGAUAUCUCACUCCAAAAAAGCCAAUUUAUGUCCGAGAAAAGAAUAAUACCAAGUUCAAACGUGAAUUAUCAUCAGCUAAAUAA